AGAGUCACCGAAGGCUUCGUGCAAUCUCUAGUGGUACCCGUGCAUUUUCUUUUCGGAACUCCAUCCGUGACACCGCCCUUACACAGCGCUGGAAGGCACCACAAAGUUCUUUCAAGCUUUGCAAUUUUGUAAUGACUUAACAACCCGCUGGAACUGUUGGAAGGGUGUAACUGAAAUCAAUGCAAUGCAACUUGGAUGAAUUGAUUUCGCUGAGAAUGCACAAAGAUGACGAGAAUUUCCUAGACAGGACAACCGCGUGAUUCUGGAGCCCGUAAGAACACCCAGCAGGGUAGGAGACGCUGCGUGAUGCAGUUAUCUGUGCACCGAGCGGUAACACCGCCGUGCCUCCGGGACUGCCGGACCUGUUUGCACUGGGCGUGUAAACGGAACCAUGCUCCCGUGGUGGCUUACCUGCUGCACGCCGGUGCUGACAAGGAGAUCCUCACGAAGAAAGGAGAGAGGCCGGCCCAAUUAACGUCAAAGAGAGAGAUAAGGAAGAUGUUGGGAGUGGAAGAUGAUGAACUCCCAGACUUCACGAAAGAUUCAGAUCUGCCAAUCAUCCCUCAUUACUUGGCUAACCCACCUUUCCCUUACAUUUAUAACACCAUGAGCAACAGUAUUGCAGAACCCUCUGUGAAUGGGAGUAUCUUGCACGUAGAAUCCCAAGAUACCGACUCUUCUUCCAUACCUGAUGUGGAGACUUACAGACGGGCACCGUUACAGCACGGGAACACUGCUCCCGAGGCAGCUGAUAAUGGAGGCAGGGGGUCGCUGCCCAGAGGCUGUACUGUGCCACCACACUCAAAACCCAUCCUUCAGAGGGGUCCCAUGUACCAGGGGUCUGUGUCCUGGAGCAGAACUCCCCCUUCGCCAGUCAGAUCAAAUCAGUCCAUACCACAGCAAGAGAACGGCUCCUGCAUAGGGCCUGUGCCAGCAUUUCAGCCAGUUUUCUUCACAGGAGCUUUCCCGCUUAAUAUGCAAGAACUGGUGCUUAAAGUUAGAAUACAAAACCCAAAUCUUAGAGAAAAUGACUUCAUUGAAAUUGAACUGGACAGACAAGAGCUGACCUAUAAGGAACUGGUCCGAGUGAGUUGCCGUGAGCUGGGUGUUAACCCUGAGCAUGUACAGAAGAUCAGAAAAUUACCAAAUACAGUGUUAAGAAAGGACAAAGAUGUUGCAAGGCUACAGGAUUUCCAAGAACUGGAGCUUGUUUUAACAGUAAGCGACAAAAACUUACUUUUCAGAGUCCCAGCGCUUUCUGAACGGAGUGGUUAUAACAAGAAGGCAUCAGAACUGACAUAUUAAUCAUUUAGAAGAAUAAACCAAAAGAUUUGUAUCUCUUAUUUUAAAAUUAUGUUUAAAAUACAGUAUCUAUAAGGGCUAAUGAUAUGGAAAAAAAAAAAAUCUAUUUUGUUAACCUGGACAUAAACUAAAGAUGUUAUGCACAGUUACAGCCUCUAGUUAAUCUAAGAGUAAUGAGUCUGAUAUGAAAGUAGCUUAAUGCAAAGGAAGUAUGGGUAGAACUAUCUGUUAAUGCAACACUUUUCCUUACAAAAAUCUUGAAAUACUGUAGAGGUAGCAGCUCUCAGGGAAAGGCUUACCUUAAACUGUUUGAAGAAUUUGUUUGCUAUAAAAUAGUAGAGGUACUUGAGCUAAAGAACCUGCCGUGAAACCCAUUUAAUAAUCUGUACUGAGUCCAUUACCAUUAAUGUUCACUUUUUAGCUCAUAUAUUUUAAGUCAUAUCUUAUUUAGAAGGAAAAAAACCAGAAGGGUUUAAAUCUGUGGAAGAAGCACAAAACUAUGUCUAGUUUAAAUACUAUCAAAUGACUUAUUACCUGUGAUUUCUUAAUCCCUGUUUACACUUUUCCCUAUUUCUCAGGUUGAAAACAAAGUGAUAGUAAUUAUCGAAAUCGUAAAUAUGCUCUCAACCAAAAUCCCUAUUAUUGCUGUCUGUCAAUAUACAGUAUUGACAUGUGCAAUUUAAAAAUACUAUUUUUGUUUCCAUAUUGAAAACACAUUUCUCCAAUGCUGCUUUAAUUUCCCCUUUUGAAAGCACAAAAAUGGUUUGGUUUUGUUUUGUUUUUUUUUUUUUUUUUCCCUUUUUAACAUUCCUGAGAAAGAGUGCAUCUUGACACUUCAAAGUUGCCUGUGUAAAAAAAUACUAGUGAAAUGCCCAGGGUUUUCUGGGCUGAUAUUCAAUCCUGAUGUUCCUAUGCAAUGUAUUUUCUUUUUUUUUUUUUUUUCAAUGACUUGUGUUUACCCAUGUUGCUUACUGAAAAAAAAUCACUUUUCUUGUUCCUUUUAAUAAAAUUCAGAAUUAGACUACUUUGCUAUGAAAUUCUGGAAUAAAUAAAAGUAUUUAAGAGCUGAAUUUUAUCUUUUUUUUUUUUUUUUUUUUUUUUUUAAGAUUUUUGUAUUUACUCGGUCACCUGCAUUUGAGGAAAAGUUCUAAUCUGGUAGCCUAGCUGUAAAAGUACGUAGCAUGAGUUAGAUGAACAAUCUGAAGUAUGGGAUAAAACAAGCAAACAGAAUGCACCAAACCAGACUGAAUUUCCCACUUUCUUCGUCUCCCUGUCUCUCCGCCUCGCCCCCCCCCAGUUUAUUUGGAAACUACAGCAACCAAAGGAUUUUAUUGUCUUGCUGUCUGAAAAUUUACAGCCUGAAUUAGCUGUACAUUGUAUGUGGAUCCGUAAACUGGAUUUAUGGAAGUACCAAGCUGUGAGCAGGGAGCCACCCAAAUGAGCUGGAGGAAACGCUGAGGCAAGAACUGCCAUGUAAGCUCUUACCGCUCCGGUACCUCCCUCUGAUGGAGUAGGGUGUCCACCACAGCCCUCUCCCCUUUCUCAGGGGCUGUGGCAGGUAAAAAGUUGUCCGUUCUUGCCUGGCAGUCAGAGCAGGCACUUGUGUUACCACUAAUUCAACAGGAACCGGGGCCCAAACGCACCCGGGCUCUCUUUCUCAUCCUUGAGUAGUACUUGGUGCAAGGGAAGCAGCUCCAGCAGGAGUGACUGGGCACAUGAGGGAGCCCUCUCCCAGUCUGCCUCGUAGUCAGAUGUCCAUGUUCACCUUGGAAGCACAGAUCCACGCAAACACCCAACUUUCCUGUGUGCCAAUUAGCUAGACUAAAACUCAGUCUCCUGAGGCUGACAGUAGAACAUUUUGUCACAACAAAAUAGCCUCUUCUGAAAAGCGUUGGAGGUGAAACAUGGUCGAGUCUCCAUUUUUUAAUACCAAAUCUCUGAUGGUGUAUUCACUUCUGUAUAAUGGAAUAAUAAAGCUGUUGUUCCUGGUAUUGCACUUUGUCUAUCACGUUCUCCUGGCACAGAACUGACAGGGUUUAGGCAUCAGCUGUCUAAACCCCAGCUAAAUGCAUGAAGGUACCGGGCUCAACCAGUCCGACCUACUGGAGAAAAGCUCAGCGGUUGGGUCGAUGACUUUGUUGUUACACUGAUGAUCUUGCAGAGAUGCUGAUCACUGUCUAUGCAUUCAGAGGAAUAUUUUUUUAUACCUUAAGCAGUUUAUACGUAGAAGAUAUAUUAACACUGCUAACAAUCUGAUCCGUGCAUAAUCAUUACAUUACUGUGUAUGAUAAAUAAUUCAUUACUUUGUGCUCUGCUGUAGGAAAUGUUAAUAUCAAAUGAAUGCUUGGCUGCAGAUUCUUGUUUCUAUUUAAGAAGUAUUAUUUGUAACAAUUAAUAAAUGAUUAUUUUUAUCUUCUCAAA